CUAUGUUCGGAGCCCUCCGCGUGCACGCGGAAAUUAAGGCGAAUAAUGGUCCAUAGUUUUCUGUACACAGUUGUCUUCCUUUACGCAUCUGUCAUUGGCGCCGCGGCUAAACGAAGAAAUGUGAUUAACGAUGGGUCUAUAAGCACUUUGAUUCUGACUUUGCAUGAUGAUGGACGAGUUGACAAAACAUAUGUUCCCUCCAAAUCAACGACGGCUGAAGAACAGCUGGUUAAGCUACGUCAUGGACGACGACAGUUCAGUGACGGGGAGAUCAGGAGGCAGGUGGAAAAGAUGUUACUGUGGACGGACCCGUCAGUAGAAGGAACCCUGCCGCUGUCUCUUUCCGACGACCAUGUUAACACCCUGGCAGGUAUACCCAUCGUCUAUCCGAAUAACAAAGGCGGUAAACCAAAGGCACGCCAUCGUGUCAAGAGACAGACCGGAAAAUAUGAAAUCGAGCUUAUCCUCUUUCUGGACUACCCGUUGUUCCUCUACUGGCUAAAUCGAAACAAUAACAACGUGGUCCAAACACGGCAGGAAAUGGUGGACUACUACUCCAACAUCGUGAACGCUGCUAACCGGCGUUUCGACACAGCAACUAGAGCCGGUUUCACGAUUGACCUGGUUUUGAACGCGUUCGUCAUAGCCGAGAGUCCAACGACAACGCCGUGGACGCAGAACCACAACGUGAGCGGCGUGAUUCACGCUGACACCGCCCUCAAUUCUUUCGCUAGGUUCAUCGCCGCCCAGAGUGGAUCUAUUGGCGGCAUCCCCUUCGACCACGCUGCUACCAUUUCUGGGUUCAACCUGGUGAGGAACGGGAACACCACUGUCGCAGGGGUAGCGAAACAGGACUCCACGUGUUCCUCCCAGGCCACAUCUAUCACUCAGGGCGUCAAGAGUCAGGCCACCGCCGCCAUCUUGGCUCACGAAAUUGGACAUAGUAUCGGCGCCGUUCACGAUGGUAGUGGUAACAGCUGCGCAGCCAGUGACGGCUUUGUCAUGGCCCCCAGUGUCGGACCAGUGACGUCAGAUCGUGCAUCAAAUCCAUGGACGUUCUCAACGUGUUCCGUGACUUCAUUUAUGUCGCUUUUGGCUACACCACCGCUAACGUGCACGCUGUCCAGACAGGGGACGCCACUCGAUCUAACUCCCUAUCUGAGCAUGGAAUUCGGUCAGAAGUAUCCGGCCGACACGCAAUGCCAAAUACUCUUUGGUACAGGAGGCAAGCUUUGUCGGAAUUUCUACUUCUCGUCCCCACUGGUUUGGGAUGACAUCUGUAUUGAUAUGCGAUGUUUCAAUCCCGCCAACGGACUCUGCUUCCAGACGUUUGCUCACGACGGAACGCAGUGUGGCAGUCAGAAAUGGUGUCAGUCAGGAAAAUGUGUGUUCAACUCUGCGGCGCCCACAACACCAGAUAAUUGUUACGCCGGAGACGACCCAGACGUGUCGUGUGUUUCCGCCACUUGCGGCUCGGAGUUCGUGUCGAGGGUGAUGUGUUGUCAGACGUGUCUCUCGUCUCUUCCGGCCGUCCGCCUGCUCGGCGAUUCCACGGGGUCGACGUCGGACACGCAGCCCACGACGCCCGCCACUGCGGGGACACCGGCCACCAACGUCGUCAACACGGACACGGCAGCGACGGUGACUGUGGAUCAAAGUGGCGCCACAUCGGCAGCCACCGCGGUAGACCUGUCUGCAGCCACAGCGACACAGCAGGCCGUUACCUCACCAGUUACGUUACCGGCGUCACCGGAUACGUUACCGACGUCACCAGUUACGUUACCGACAUCACCGGUACCGGUAACGACACUGAUAACUUCUCCGGUAACAUCACCGGUGACGUCACCAACUUCGCUGGCAGAAACGUCAUCAGUUGCUUUGACGACAGAACCACCCUCCUCCUCAAUGGCAGGGUCCAGUGUGUCAGGAAUUGAAUUCACAAUUUCAACGACGUCAGAGGUGUCGACUUCCACAGUGGUGCAAUCCUCUACAAUGGCACACUCCACGGUGUCAGUCAUAGAGGUUACAGCUACGACCACGUCAGAGGUUCCGACUUCUACAAGCGUAUCCACGACGUCAGAGGUUCCGACUUCUACAAGCGUAUCCACGACGUCAGAGGUUCCGACUUCUACAAGCGUAUCCACGACGUCAGAGGUACCGUCCACUACAGAAGCAGCGACAUCUACAAUGCUAGGGUCUACUGCGUCACUCAUUGAAGUGACAAUUUCAGUGACGUCAGAGGCACCGUCUACAACAGAAGUACCGACAUCAACAGUGUUAGGAUCUACUGCGUCACUCAUUGAAGUGACAAUUCCAGUGACGUCAGAGGCACCGUCUACGUCAGAGAUACCGUCAACCACAGAAGUACCGACCUCAACAAUGUUAGGAUCUACUGCAUCACUCAUCGAAGUGACAAUUCCAGUGACGUCAGAGACACCGUCAACAACAGAAGUACCAACCUCAACGAUGUUAGGAUCUACUGCGUCACUCAUUGAAGUGACAAUUCCAGUGACGUCAGAGGUACCGUCAACAAUAGAAAUUCCAGUGACGUCAGAGGUACCGUCAACAACAGAAGUACCAACCUCAACGAUGUUAGGAUCUACUGCGUCACUCAUUGAAGUGACAAUUCCAGUGACGUCAGAGGUACCGUCAACAACAGAAAUUCCAGUGACGUCAGAGGUACCGUCAACAACAGAAGUACCAACCUCAACAAUGUUAGGAUCUACUGCGUCACUCAUUGAAGUGACAAUUCCAGUGACGUCAGAGGUACCGUCAACAAUAGAAAUUCCAGUGACGUCAGAGGUACCGUCAACAACAGAAGUACCAACCUCAACGAUGUUAGGAUCUACUGCGUCACUCAUUGAAGUGACAAUUCCAGUGACGUCAGAGGUACCGUCAACAACAGAAGUACCGACCUCAACAAUGUUAGGAUCUACUGCGUCACUCACUGAUGUCACAGUUCCAGUGACGUCAGAGGCACCGUCAACAACAGAAUUACCGACCUCAACAGUGUUAGGAUCUACUGCGUCACUCAUUGACGUAACAGUUCCAGUGACGUCAGAGGCACCGUCCACGUCACAGGUACCGUCAACAACACUUAUUGCAGAGACGUCAGCACCAACAGUGACGACAGCUUCGUUACUUGAAAUUUUGAUGAGCACAACGCAGAUUUCUUCUACCAAUCAACCAACGCCUUUUACCGGAACGACAGGAUCAGUUUUACAAACCACAACCUAACCUUCAGUUUCAUUUUGAUUAUAAUGACGUAAUUAUGAUGUAAUAAUUUCAUAAUAAUGAAGUAAUGGCAUUAAAUAAAUUGGAAAAAAAACAAAGAAGUAAAAUGAGAAAUAUAUUUCAUAAGAAAGAAAUAGGCCAUCAUAAUAAAAAUAGAUUAAUAUAUAAAUAGAUAUAAGAUCACCAAUGAAAGAUAUUGUUUUAAGGAAUAGACAGGUUAUCGGCUGACAACCACAUGUCAUUUCGUUUGUUUCCGCCAUAAUGGAUUGUUUACAUAUUUCACAAAUAUCUCCAGUUAUUACUCUAAGUGCUUUAUUAUGAGAUGUUGUUACUAUGCAUUAUUUUGUUACUAUUAUAUUUUGCAGUCAAAUUGUGCCCUGGGCAUAUAUGUUAUAAUGUUAUGCAAUGAAUAUUGUGUUGUUAAUGACUACAUACACAGGCACACACACAGACACACACAUACACACACACACACACACAAAUGUACACACAAACACACAGCCAUACACGCGCGCACACACACACACACACACACACACACGAGAUAUGAUAAUCGGAUAAAAAUGUUGUUUUUGUUAUGGAUAUUAUUGUUAAUACGUCUGUUGAUGAUAUGUAUAUUUUGCAGUCAAACGGUGCCUUGGGCAUUUUUUGUUAUUUUUUGCUAUACAGAUGUUUCGUUGAUUUACAAUAUGUGUGUAUAUGUUGCAGUCAAACAGUGCCUUUGGGCGUAUAUUUUCUUUGCAAUAAAGGCUUAGUUAAAAAUGCA